AUGAAGAUUCCCGUCUUCUUUAAUCCGCUGUCAUUGUCAUUGCUGGCAUUAUGUGGGGUAUUUCCGCCAACUUCAUUUGUGGUGGGGCAUCAGCAUCAAGAUGAAGUUACCCAACACAAUCUGGAGACGAAUACGAAUACCGAGGACUUUGGGCAUGGAAAUGGAAAGAUUGUGGAAAGUGUGGGGAAAGAGGAGAAGGUAAAGGAAAAGGAAGAGUUGGAGAGGCUUUGGGGGUUUGAGAAUGGGAAUGGGAAUGGGAAUGGGAAUGAGAAUGGGAAUGGGAAUGAGAAUGGGAAUGGGGGUUGGAGUAGGUGGGGAAAAGAUGCAGAUUUUGAGAGUGGUCGAUGGAUUGGUGAAGAGUCGUUUGAGAAACGGGUAUAUGCCGAGAGGCAAGGGGAGCAGGAUUCGGACUUCCCCAAUUCUUGCCAGACUGCUGAGAAGUUUGGCUUAAAGGAUGGUUGGUCAUUCUCAGGAAUCUCAACUUUCGCCCAUCUAGAAUACAAAAAAUGUCUCACCAACCCAGAAGAACUUUUCGAUAUAGGAAUUCUGGGUGUUCCAUUCGAUACAGCAGUUAGUUAUAGACCUGGAGCUAGAUUUGGUCCAAAAGCUAUCCGGGCGGCUAGUGCUAGGCAGACUAGUUUUAGAGGGUUUAAUACACGAGCUGGAAUAAAUCCAUACACAUCUUUCGCUCGUAUUCUCGACUGUGGAGAUAUCCCCGUCACUCCUCUAAAUAAUGCCGUCGCAUUAGAACAAAUGACAGCAGCCUACACCGAACUACUCAACCGAAAGCCCCUUUCCUCAUCUUUCACCCACCCUAAGAUCAUUUCACUCGGAGGAGACCACUCGUUGGCUUUAGCAGCUCUUCGAGCUCUACAAAAAGUCUAUAAUCAACCAAUCGCCGUCCUACAUUUCGACGCUCAUCUAGAUACUUGGCACCCGGCAAAGUAUCCAGAUCCAUGGACAAGCGAACAAGCACAAUUUAAUCACGGGAGUAUGUUUUGGCUUGCCUCAAACGAGGGUUUGAUCUUAAACGGGAGUAGUGUUCACGCGGGAUUGAGGACGAGAUUAAGUGGUGAUGAUUACGCGGAUUAUGAAGAUGAUGAUAGGCAGGGCUUCCUGAGGAUCUCGGCAGAUGACAUUGAUGAUAUGGGACCCCAAGGUAUCAUUAAGAAGAUUAUGGAUAGGAUUGGGACCGAGGUUCCGGUUUAUCUUAGUCUAGAUAUAGAUACACUGGACCCAGGAGUAGCGCCUGGGACCGGAACCCCCGAACCUGGUGGCUGGACGAUGAGGGAGGUAAUUAGAAUACUAAGAGGGAUUGAGGGAUUGAAUGUUGUGGGUGCAGAUGUAGUGGAGGUUAGUCCAAGUUAUGAUGGAGCGGGAGGGGAAACGGCACUCAGCGCUGCGCAGGUAGUUUUUGAAAUGUUGACGAGUAUCGUCAAAAGGGGUUUGAGGGAUAUGGGAAAGAUCGCAGAAGUUAAGGAAGGAAGAAAGAAAGAUGAAUUGUGA